CCCAGAGCCCCGCCCACCAGCCAAUCAGACAACAGAGAGCCAGAGGAAAGCCAACCAGAGAGAAGCACUAAGGCAUGUUGGGAGAGUCCUCUGACUGAGAGCCUGGAGAGAGAGAUGCAGGAGACACGGAGAAUGGUGUCAGCUCUACAGGCCCUGUUACUUCAUGGGUCUCUGCCAGAUGAUGAGCAGGAGAAGUUGAAUCUGACUCUGGGAGAAGAUAACACUGAACAACAACUGGUGGUCAUUCGUAGUCAUCUAGAUCAGAGUAUGGAGGAGACCCAGGAGCUGAAGAGAGAGCUGUUGCGUUGUAAACAGGAGGUACGGAACCUGCAUGGAGUCAAGGAGGCACAGCAGCAAAGAUUGUUUGCCCAGGAGGAGUGUGUGUUGCAGCUUAAACAGGAGCAGCUCAGAGCCAGCAUGACCCAGGACCAACUCACCAGCCUCAAC